AGCAGUUGGCCUCAGCCAUGAGCGGCGUGAUGUCAGGAGGUGCGCCUGGUCUGAACCAGCCAAUCCUUAUCCCCUUUAAUGCAGGUGGUCACCUGGGGGGACAGCAGGGCCUGGUCUUGUCUCUACCUACAGCAGCCAAUAUCCAGGGACUGGUGGCUGCCGCAGCCGCCGGGGGCAUCAUGACUCUCCCUCUACAGAACCUGCAAGCUACCUCAUCUCUCAACUCCCAACUCCAGCAUCUUCAGCAUCUCCAACAAAUACAACAGCACCACCAGCAACAACAGCAGCAGCGAGAACGGGAACACCGGGAGCGAGAGCAGCAGCGAGAGCGAGAGCAGCAGCGCGAGCGAGAGCGAGAGCGUGAGCAGCAGAGAGAGCGGGAACGUGAACGAGAGCAACAUUGUGGGUCAGCACACCUCCAGUCUCUCAGUCAGCUGCCACCCCAUCAUCCACUGACUCCUCCAAUCAAGUUACAAGCCACUGGUCCUUCGACAGGCACCGCCUCCUCCUGUACCUCGUCCAGUCUUGGUUCAGUUCAGCCUUCACAAUCUCCACCUUCUCAUAAGCAGAACCAAUCACCAGCACACAGCCUACCCUCACCAGUCACACCUCCUCUGCCACUGCAGCUCAAUCCACUAGCCAGCCAGGCAGCAGUAGCAGCAGCAACCAUGGGUUCUAUUGCUGGAUCACAAAUGUUUGGGAAUGGUGCUCUGCCGAACCUGCAAGGCGUUACAGGCCAACUGGUCACCAAUGCACAGGGACAGAUAAUUGGUACAAUCCCACUGAUGCCAAACUCUGCAGGACCUUCCAACCAAACAGGGGGUGGAACUUCAUCUCUCCAGGUCCAGCCGAUCACGCCGCAACUUCUGACCAAUGCACAAGGCCAGAUCAUCGCUACAGUGAUUGGAAACCAGAUCCUGCCUGUCAUCAACACACAGGGAAUCACACUAUCACCAAUCAAAACUGGACAGCAGCUGUCCCAGGCUGCCCAGGCCCAGCCGCCUCCUCCCGUGUCUCAGCCAGGCCUGCUGCGAAUGCCCCACAGCCAGAGUCCUCUCCGCCAAGCAUCUUCAUCCUCCUCGACAUCUUCAUCCUCAUCUUCAGCACUCAGCGUGGGGCAGCUGGUUAGCAACCCUCAAACUGCUCCAAGUGAAGUGGAUGGUGUGAAUCUGGAGGAGAUCCGAGAAUUUGCCAAAGCAUUUAAAAUCCGUCGUCUGUCUCUGGGUCUGACGCAAACUCAGGUGGGCCAAGCUCUCAGCGCCACGGAGGGGCCUGCCUACAGCCAAUCCGCCAUCUGCAGACACACCAUCCUGAGAAGCCACUUUUUCCUACCACAGGAAGCCCAAGAGAGCACUAUAGCUAGCAGUCUGACAGGCAAACUGAACCCUGGCCUUUUAUAUCCUGCCAGGUUUGAGAAGUUGGACAUCACGCCAAAAAGCGCCCAGAAGAUUAAGCCUGUGCUGGAGCGCUGGAUGGCUGAGGCAGAAGCCCGCCAUCGCUCGGGCAUGCAGAACCUGACCGAGUUUAUCGGCAGUGAGCCAUCGAAAAAGCGCAAGCGCCGGACCUCUUUCACGCCACAGGCCCUGGAGAUCCUUAACAGCCACUUCGAGAAGAACACACACCCUUCGGGCCAGGAAAUGACCGAGAUUGCUGAGAAACUGAACUACGACCGUGAGGUGGUGCGUGUCUGGUUCUGCAAUAAAAGGCAGGCGCUUAAAAACACAAUAAAGAGGCUGAAACAGCCAGAGCUUGGGGCUGUCGCACCUAUGGACCAUCUGGCUGACCCUUUGGAAGAACAUCCAUAGAUCAGAUGGACUUAUGUGAGAAAAACUGGACCCAUUUACCAAUGAUUCAUUCGACUGGACACUAAAAACCUGGACGUUUCUAACAUUGUACUGUGAUGGACCACCAACCAGGAUAGAAAUGUUAAUAGCAGUGCUGUAAUGACAUUGAAGUGAAGAGAUUUAAGCAAAAAAAAAAAAAAAAAAAGUCUAAACGCUUACAAAUUUGCAGUCCUCAUCCAGGACAAAGCAGAGAAUUUACACUAGAGAUCACACCUAAAUCAAGGACAGCUAUAAAACUACUACAACCAAAGUCUGAUGUGUCUGAUUCCUGAAGGGUUUUUUUGUUUGUUUGUUUGUUUUUUGUAAAUGUGUUCUAAAUUUUUACAUUUGUACUGACCAAAAAGGAAAAGAAGAUCUAUGUGUAGGGGCAGUGGGGUGGUGGGAGGGUGUAAAAUUAUCUUUGUCUCACUUGCUCACUUGGGUUUAUAUGUAAAUAUUACGAUAAUUUUGUCUUUAAAUUGAAAUCACAAACUCUUUGGAAAUUUUGUCCCAGAGAUGACCACAUCAUAUACCUGUGGUCCUUUCUUUAGUCACCUCACUCCUGUUUGUAAAACUAUCAUUUAAACGAUUUUUUUUUUAAUCUCUGGAAGAAUGGGUUAUAUGUCAAAGGUGGUCGAUAUGGCAGAACCCACAUUGUUGCAGCUGUGACUUAAACUACAGUAUGUCAUUGUAUUGCCAAAGCCUUCUAGCCAAAGAACAUCAUUCUUCAGCCCAAGGACAUGGGCUCUAGCCCAAGGACUAUACAUGGGCAAAAACAUUACUUUUUUUUUCUUCUUUUGCUGUGAUGACAUUUUUCAAUGUUUUGUCUCAACAAUGGCUUCAGGACUGCAUGAUUUGCAGCACAAAACCAAUGAGUGGUAAAUUAAAUGAGAUCAUUGCUACG